CGAGUGCUGCCCUUUGCGAACCGUUCUCUGUCUCUCAGGUUUAUCUUCGUCACAGCUUGCAGCUACUCUCUAUCUCUCCGACCGUCCCCUUAUCAUCGUUCCCCCUUGCCGCCCGGUUGCUUGAUGCUCGGUGCCACCGUUUCCGUGCAACACAAAUCGAUUCACAACUCCGAUUGCCCGGUGCUGCUGUUUCCGUGCAACACGAAUCGUCGCACGAUUCUCAGUGUUGAAAUAGCAGAAAAGGUCGAUAUAGAGAGAGAGAUAUGCAGCAGAGGAAAUCAGCGACUGGGAGUGGGAGACCGUCUGGAACGGACGGUUCUGAUUUCUCCUACCGCAUGGUCGUCGACUCCAGGUAUACGAAGGUAGCCAAAGGGAAGUCUCACCUCUGUAGGCUCAUUGCUGCUCAGGGCAUUGUACAAUUGCUGGGAGGUCUGAGCUUUUUGAUAUCAACACUGAAGCAGGAGACUGCCGACGUGCUUGUUGUUUUGUCCACUAUUAUUGGUUUCCUCGCUCUCUUUGUAGGAGAAUUAGGCCGAAGGAGUAGCAAAGUGAGCCUUUUGAAGUUUUACAUGUUUGCUUCAUCUAUAGCCAUAUUGAUUUCAAUUGCUUGUGUCAUUAGGAAUAAUUUCUUGGUUGAGGCUAUCCAAGAUUCUAGUCAAUUGGGAGCACAUAAGUUUGAACUUCUCAAGAUUGCAGCAGUUCUACUUGGAGUGGUUGUGCAAACAUUAUCGAUAAGGACAACAGUUUCUCUUGUUGGUAACAUGUCUCCUCCUAAAAGAGCUUCUUGAUGGCAUUUUGUAACUUUGCAUGAUUCACAUAUCUCAUUGCUAAAGGCCUAUUUCUCUUGAUGCUCCCGCUUUCAAUUCUUCUUUUAUCUUCUGUUCAUUGUUGUUAUGAAGAAAUGGAACACUUGCUCGACUAAACACUCUAAUACAGUUUUCUUGUUUGCUUCUCAGACCCAUAUAUUCAAGAAAUUGAUGUUUGGAUACAAUAAUGGAUUAGAAUAAAUCAAUUAACCGUUUUGCCCUCU